CAAUCCAAACCACGUGACCUCUGGUUGGCACACAAACUAACAAAGAGGUUAUGUUUGCAUCUAUUUUUCAAUGAUUUUUCAUUGUUUAUCGUCGUAUUUUGGAUUCAUUUGGAUUUCGUUUCCUGUUUUUGUGAACUUUAUAAACUUUACCACAAUGCAAACUGAUUAUUUAAGGAAAUUAUUAUUGGAAACUCCAGAUGUUGCGAGAAAGAUAUUUAUUGAAGCUGAAAAUAAUUGGGGAUUUAGAUCCAUACGCAAUUCAGUCAGAAUUGGAUUUUACAGUAAAGUGCAGUCCAUCAAGUUACUAUUAUAGAUAUUUACAUAUCUGGUGGAGUCUGAUAUGUCACAGUUGCUACUCUAAGCAGCAGAUGAAAGCAUACAAAAGCCUUCAGGCACAUAAAUAUUUUACAGCUGGAUUUGUUUUGAAUGGAGUAAAAAUUGUUAAUGAUUUCCUGAUUUCCAUAUUAUUGUCGGAAAGGUAUGCCUUUAUUUUAUUUAUUCACCAUUAAGAAAUAUAUGGAUAACAGUAUUAGUGUCUUUUGGAUAAAUUGGUUUUAAAUAUUAGAUUUAUUUACGUUUAUAUAUCUGUAUGAAACCAGACAUAUCAUCGUCCUAAUCUGUAAACUGCGAACUCCAUAAUUCUCUGAAAAUGAUUUAUUACUGCCAUAUAUUUGAAUUACUGUCAUGAUUGUUCUAAAAUUAUAUUAUAUGAAUGUCUGAUUUUAAAUAAAAUAUUCUCAAUCAUUGUAAAGAA